CGGGAGCGCGGAGCCCGGCACCGGCCGCCGGCAAAGUUAGUGCGAGAGGGCUCGGAGCAGCAGCAGCAGCAGCAGGAGGAGGAGGAGGAAGAAGAAGAAGAAGCAUUAGCAGCAGCGGCAACAGCCGCCUCCAGCCGCGCUGCUCCCCGUCCCCCCCGUCGGCUCCCGGAGAGGCAACUCAGGGGAUUCCAUCCCGCUCCGUCCCUUUGCCAUUUUUGGAUGCGUUUUAUAGCCAAUUUUUUUUUUUUUUUUCCUGGGGAGAAAGCGAAAAAAAAAAAAAAAGCGAAGACUCAGCAGCCUUCCUCCACUGUCGGACUCUGCCUCCACCACCACGCACCCACCGGGCUGGAUUUUGGGGGUGCCCCCACUGCCGGUGGCACCGGCAGCGACAAUGCCAUCAUGUUUUUGAGACAGGAAACCUCCGAGUUUGCCCUGCAUGAAGAACUUCCUGUGUUUAAAGUUGUACGAAUAUCCGCUGACAAGCUCAGUUCAAAUGAAAACACGAGAGUCGGGGGGAGAGGCUAAUUCGGACCAGCUGGACUCGCUGGGCGCUCGGAGCUGGGCAGAAAACGCGCGGAGCCGCUCGCCCCUGCCAGCCGGGAGCGGCCGGGACAAGCAGUGCCUUUGUUAGUAAAGAAGGAACGGACGGGAUCAUUGCAGAGCUUCAAACUCUUCCGCCGUUUCUGUCGCGAACCGCUUGGAGUGUUUUCCCGAAGCUGUUGGAUUUUGGAUGAUCCACUGAUGGAGGGGUUUUUUUAGGGGGAUGGGGAAGGGAUGAGAUGGGUUGUUUCGCUGCUCAGGACCGCCGGUCGGGGUGCUGCCGGUUUCCCCUCCCGUCCCCGUAGUGUCACUUUGGGAUUAAAGGCUGCCCCGGCGGGUUUGGGACCUGCUGGUUGUGUGAUGCUUCCUGCCGUGGCGGGCCAAAAGUUGCCAGGGUGGUUCUGUCAUCCUUAAGGACGAGAGUAUGGGCAAACCACUGAGCCGGCCAGACUGUUUACGGCAGAACCGCACGUGCCUGGGGAAGGGCGAGGAUGAGGAUGGUUAUAUAGAGGAUUGCUACGUGCCCCAGAGAUCCAUCUACGACACGAUGAGAAUCAACGAGCAGAUCGAUCAGGGAUCGAAGCUCAACCAGCUCUCCAAGAGCACCCUGGGCAAGGGGGAUGGCAGCACCAUAUCCAGCAACGGGACUCUGGGAGCUGCCAACGUCUUCGAGUCCAGGCCGCCAGAACCCAAAAAGUUGGACGAGCGAGUCAUCUUCGACCAGCUCAAACUCAGCAGCGACGUCUCCAAACCGGCACCGGCCCCGCCAAAGAGGCGCCCGAACCCUGAGAAGAAGGAGAACGUCAACAGGCGCUCCUGGAAGUCCUUCAUGCCGCCCAACUUCACGGAAUUUGCCGAAAGGAUGGGCGCUUCGCUGAGCGAGGUGUCGGAGGCGGGCGCUUCCAACCCUUCCCUGCGGGAUAAGCGGGAUUCCAGCGCCAUGCUGGCCGAGCAGCCGGGCCAGCCCGAGCACGGCGAGCCCAUGUCGGAGUCUCUCACCUUGGAGCACGUCUCCAAGGCGUCUGGCGCGGCGGAGGCUCUGGUGGCCAAGCAGUUUGGCGUGGAUGGUUAUGAUGGCCCCCGGGAUGAGCGCCAGGCCCUGCUGAGCGCCGGUGACAACCGCGCCAGGGCGCGCCGGCUGCCCAGUGCCACCUGGCCACGAGCCAGGAAGAAUUUCAUCAGGGGGAACUUCAAUGAUGGGCACCAGGAGACCCUGGAGGCCUCCGAGUCGGACUCUACGGUGGAGAACGUGAACCUCUCUCCGUGCCUUAGUGAGGAGCUGCUGGAUACGGGGCUGGAUAUUCUCAUCACCUCCAAUCUCAGGGAGAAAACGGAGUCUGAGCUGAGAUUUGAGGAGGACGAGCGCUGGGUGAUGAUGGAGGAGUGGGAGGAGGCGACGCUGUCAGAGAGAGGAAAGGCUGUUCUGGUGGCAGAGGAGAAGAGGAGCUGUUGCUUGGCAGAUAUUUCUGAAGAAAGGGAACAAUCCACUGCUCCAGAGGACGGCUCUGCCCCCAGCCCGGGGACCUCCCGGUCCUGCACGUCCCCAGGGGGUGGUGGCAGCGUGUGCUGCACGGAGGAUGCAGCGGUGCAGUGUGGGGUUGAGGACUUUGCUCCAGUUUUGGAGCGCUCAGCCAGCCCCACGGGCCCUGAGCUGUCCGACACAGACUCGGUGCAGAUGUUCCUAGAGCUGGAAGAGCAGUGCCUGAACGAGGAUGGGGGUGAUGGAGCUGUCCCCAGCUGCCUGGAGGUGCAGAUGUCCCCAAUGGACUCAGAGGGGCUGGACACAGAUUCGGCCAAACUGGCGGGGCUGGUGGUUGAGGGGGGUCAGCACAGGGCCCCCUUGGAUAUCAGCGCCUCGGACUCGGCUGUUGUGUCAGAUCUGGAGGACUUUGAUGUCACCUGCAGCUCCCAGGUGCUGAGCACGCUGGAGCCCUUGACAGAGCCCUUCUCAGAAAGGGACACCUUGGCUGUCACCCCCAUGGACUCGGACGGAGGGGCCUCCCCCAGCCCCGUGGCCAUGGUGGGGCUGGGGUCCCUCCUGGAGUGUUCCCCAGCAGCUGAUCCUGACCCACUCGUGGACCCAGAGUUUGUGGCUGGUGGGAUUCCCUGUCCUGGCACAGGGGCACAUCCAGCUGCUGGACUGGGGGGAGAUGGGUACCCCAGCGCUCCCCUGGGGUGGGGUGAAGAUAACCAGGACUUGCUUCCCGAGGGGACCUGUCCUGGCCCAGUGUCCCCCUGCCAGCCCCCAGCGCCGGACACAGCGAUGGAGGAGCUGGGGUCCCCCCCACGGCACAACCAGGCUGGCACUGAGGGCUUGGAUCCACUCAGGACCCGUCCCCUUCUGCCUGGAAGGACUGAGAUCACCAACUGGGAUGUCCCAGAACUGGUUUCUGAGGAUGAAGCCGCAGAUUUGGGAUCAGGGAGAGGAACUGAGGGCUGGACUCAUCCAGCAGAGAGUGGGGAUGUUUGCUGUGCUUCUCUGCUGCCUUUCCACGCUGGCUCUGCAUCAGAGCCAGGCUCCGAGGCUCCAGCAACAUUCCCGGUGCCUGUUGAGGACCUCCCGUGGGAAAUGGUUUCCCUGGGUCAUGGCUUGUCUCUGCAAGGGGCUGCCCACUCAGAGGUGGCUGUCACACACGAGGGGACACCAGCAGCCGUCCUGCAGCCAGGAGAUGUGGAGUUGUUGUUUUCCCCAAGCUGGGAGCUGCCGUGUCCUGCCAGCCCAGCCGCCCCUGAAGAGUUUCCUGGCACGUUCUCCAUUGCAGGGCCUGCCAUCCCAUGGGAUUUUGGGGAGCUUUCUGCUCCAACCCACCCACUUCCACCUGGAGAUGGGGCUGUCCUGGAGCCCCAGGCUCAGGGGAUGCCACCAACCACCACGGAUGCUGAGGAACCUCCAGGAGCCACCACAGCCAUGCCCUUGAUGGUGGAGGAGCUUCUGGAAGCCCCACCACCCUUUGCUGACGUGCCUGUCACCUCUGUGCCACCACCAGCAGCCUCGGGGGCCGGGCAGCUCGGUGGUGACCCCGUGCCAUUGGUGGUGGCCUUGGGGGAUGCAGAUGACUUUGCCAUCCUGGAGCACCUGCCCUCUGCAGCGGUGGCUUUGGAGGAUGAGCCCGUUGGGAGCGCUCCUGCAAGAGGGCUGGCAGCUUGGGAGGGUCCCCCUGGUGCCUUCUCAGCCCUGGCAGAGGGUGCCAGCCCCCCUGAGCUGCUGCUGGGGACAGCCAGGGCACAAACCCUGCCCAGGGCUGUGCUGAGGGGCUCCCUCCGUCCCCGCAGCUGUGGGGGUGCCCUUUCCUCGUGUCCCAGCCAGGGACAGGGGACAUCAGGCACAGAGGGACCCCUCCUGGCAGAAGGGCCCCCUGCUCUCCCAGAUGGAUUCGUUCCAGAUAACGAGGUAUUUGUUGCUCAGGCUCCCGCAGCCGGGGCUCUGGGCGCAGAAAUCGCUUUAUUUUGCACUCCAGGGGUGGGAGGGACGUGGGAGCCCACUCAGUAACACAGAUCUGGGCUUCCAAACAGCCUUCUCCCUCCUGAGAUCAGCUUGAAUUUGGCAGACAAAAAGCUAUUUUUUUUUUGGGGGGGGAAGGGAAUUGUGUGGUUGUGUAAGUGAGGGAGGCAAAAAGAUUCUCGCUGCUCGAUGACCUGAAAUGUUGACUGACACUUUUUGGCUCAUUAAAGUACUUUAUGGUCACUCAGAUGGAAAUCACGGACUUCAGAAAAAGCUUCUCACUGGUUCCUGGCAGGGAGUUCCCAUCUUUGAAGCAGAAAAUAUAUCAGGAAAGAGAAACCUGUGAAAUGAAUUAAGUGCAAGCAAUUCCUGUCCCGUGCAGUCAUCGCUGUCUGCAGUUUAUUUUUUUUUUUUCUGUGAGCUCUGAGGUACUGAGGCUCAGAAGGAGCUCAGGAAGGGGCUCAGCUUCUCUCUGCUGUUUGGGGAUUUGUGUUGCUCGUGGCUCUUGCCUGGAGAGACCUCGGUGCUGGAGUUCCCACAGCCCAGCGCUGAUUUCCUGCCAUCUGGAUUAGGAGCAAUAUCACUAAGGAGACAUCAGAAGUUAGUCAGCACCAAAAAUCCCGAUUUGGUGGCAAUUACUCAUCCUUUGGGCUGCACCACCCCUUGGAGAUACACACGUGGAGGGGCUUGGAGAGGUGGUUUCACAUGGGGGGUCCAUGUGAGCACAGGCUGGGACACCCAGAGGGGACCUGGGUGAGGGAAAAACCACUGGGUUCUGGCCAUAAUUAUCUUGCUGAUUGAAAAUUCAGUGUGGGGACCCUUAUUUUAGGUUCAGCACCUCUGAUUGUUAACCCCACUUGCUCCAAGCAUUGCUGGAGCUGGAAUUCCACAUCCAGCAGAGGUGGGGUUGAGGGAGAUGAGGGAAGCAGAAAGGAGGGGAUGCUUUGAGGAGGAGGAGGAGGAGGUGUGGUGGAGCAGAUCUCCUUCUGCUCUCCCAAAAUGUCUGUCCAGCUCUUCCCCAGGGCAGGACACCUCGCUCCCCAGCAAAGGGGACUCGUUAAAUAUUUGUUUCCAAGCUGAGUCACGGUGAGGUUAAUGAACUAAAUCGCUGGAAUCUUUUAUGAGCAAAGCAAAACAAGUGUGCUGGACACGCUCAGCCUCGGGCUGUUGCUGGGAUUAUUUUUGUCAGGCUCCUCAGGCAGCAUCAGGCUCUCAGGCUGGCUCAUACCUGUGUUGCAGGAACCCCUGGUUGGACCUGGCUUUUCCACAGGGCUCCCUCCCUGCCUGGCUCCUUUGGAGUUUGUUUUGCACUGCAUGGAGAGCUCAGACCAGCCUGGCAUGCCAGGCUUAUCAGCCUGAUCCUUUUGUGGGUUUGGCUGCUCUGCCCAGCAGCUCCAUAUAUAAACAGUAACAGGAGAACAGCCCAGGAAUCAGUGAUUCCAAGUCCCCAUUUAUUUCUUAUAACCGUGGCAGAAUUCUCCAUGAGCAAACAGCUCUGGACAGUGUCUGCCAGCUCACCCUGCUCAUGUCCUGGAGGGACCUCCCUACCCUGCAGUGAUGAGCCCUGGUUGGAAAAAGUAGUUUUUUUUCUUUUGGAAAAUCAAAGCAGUGCUUCUUGUUCAAGCUGUGCUUUGGGGGAUUUGGGGUUUUAGGGGGUUUUGGUGUUUUUAGGGAGUUUUGCUUUGUGCUCCUCUGGAGCAAAGAGAGCUGUGUCCUCCACGAACUGCUGGGGGAGAUCUUGCUUCCAAGUGGGAAUUUUUAGGGGGAGAUCUUGCUUCCAAAUGGGAAUUUUUCAGGGGGAGAUCUUGCAUCCAAGUGGGAAUUUUUCAUGGGGAGAUCUUGCAUCCAAGUGGGAAUUUUUCAUGGGGAGAUCUUGCUUCCAAGUGGGAAUUUUUCAGGGGGAGAUCUUGCAUCCAAGUGGGAAUUUUUUCAGGGGGAGAUCUUGCAUCCAAAUGGGAAUUUUUCAUGGGGAGAUCUUGCAUCCAAGUGGGAGUUUUUCAGUGCAGGCAGUGCCUGUGCAUUCUUGGGCACGGGGAGCAGGUGGCUGGCUGCCAUCCCCUCUGCUUCCCAACGGGAAAAUGUGACGGGGCCAAAGGCUCAGCUCCCAGCUGUGGGGUGACCCCUGCUCUGCAUGGGCUCUGCCAGGGGAGCAGAGCCAGGAAUCUACUCCCUAUUUUUGGGAUUUGGGGUGUUUGCUGUAGGGGACAGGGCAGGCUUGUCCCUGGGGACUGGAGAGGGAUGGUGC